GGUCGAAGUCAAAGCUGUUUGGGUGCCCGCACUAACCGGCAUUAUGCUCCGGAGGAGAAUUGAACUAGAACUUGCGUUGCGUCCCUCCAUUUUGAAAUAGUAGUCCGAGGAGUCUUCGUACGGAUAGACCCAAGGCUCCCAACAGGCUAAGGUUGGUUCUGUGCUCUUCGGAACUCAGCCAUGGCAAUGCUCGUUCUUCCCUUGGCCGUCCAUGUCCUCAAAUCCCACGCUUCUCACCUCUUCUUCCUCCCGCGAAACCCUAGUUCCCUCUGCAGAUCGGUCAGCCGCCUCCAUUCGCGCCUUUUCUUCUCCAGAACGACCAUCUCCGCCAUAGCUACUUCCUCUACUGCAGAAAAUGUUUAUGCAGACCAUGCUUCCGUCCUUACGUUUCAGCAAGCCAUUCAGCGUCUCCAGGAAUAUUGGGCUUCUGUUGGAUGUUCUGUGAUGCAAUGCAGCAACACAGAGGUUGGAGCUGGGACCAUGAACCCUCUGACAUUCUUAAGGGUUCUUGGUCCAGAACCGUGGAACGUUGCGUAUGUGGAGCCAAGUAUCAGGCCAGAUGACAGUCGGUAUGGGGAAAACCCAAAUAGGCUUCAACGCCACACUCAAUUCCAGGUAAUACUGAAGCCGGAUCCUGGAAAUGCACAAGACCUCUUUAUUAGAAGCCUAUCAGCUCUAGGUAUUGAUGUAAAAGAACAUGACAUACGCUUUGUGGAGGACAACUGGGAAAGCCCUGUACUUGGUGCUUGGGGAUUAGGCUGGGAAAUCUGGAUGGAUGGGAUGGAGAUCACACAAUUCACCUAUUUCCAGCAGGCUGGAAGUCUUCAAUUGCUACCAGUAUCUGUUGAAAUCACUUACGGUCUUGAGCGUAUCCUCAUGUUGCUUCAGGGCGUUGAUCAUUUCAAGAAAAUUCAAUAUGCCAAAGGAAUUACAUAUGGAGAACUGUUCUUGGAGAAUGAGAAGGAAAUGAGUGCAUAUUAUCUAGAACAUGCUAGUGUUCUUCAUAUUCAAAAGCACUUUGAUUUUUUUGAGGAAGAGGCUCGCUCAUUACUUGCUUCAGGCCUUGCUAUCCCUGCGUAUGACCAGCUUUUAAAGACAUCUCAUGCUUUUAAUAUCUUAGAUUCUAGAGGCUUUGUUGGGGUAACUGAACGUGCUCGCUAUUUUGGUCGGAUGCGUAGUUUAGCUCGUCAAUGUGCACAACUUUGGUUAACAACUAGGGAAUCACUUGGAUAUCCACUGGGCAUUGUAUCUGAACCUGAUCAUGUUAGUUCCCCCAAAGAGGUCUUGGAAGUGGCAGUCAAAAAGGUGGGUGAGGUUCCGAGAUUGUUUGUUCUUGAAAUUGGGACAGAGGAGGUGCCGCCUCAAGAUGUAGUUAAUGCAAGCCAACAACUUAAAAAUUUAAUAAUGCUGUCGCUAAAAAAACAAAGAUUGAAACAUGGUGAAGUUUUCGCAUUCGGCACACCUCGCAGAUUAGUGGUUUGUGUUGAAAAUCUUUGCACUAAGCAAGCUGGGAAUGAAGUUGAUGUUCGAGGACCUCCAGUUUCUAAGGCAUUUGAUUCUGAAGGGAAUCCUACUAAGGCUGCUGAGGGUUUUUGCCGCAGAUACUGUGUACCUCUGGAAUCCUUAUAUAAAAAGGCUGAUGGGAAAACGGAGUAUGUUUAUGUUCGUGUAAAGGAGUCUGCUCAACUUUCUGUUGAGGUUCUUUCCAAUGAUUUGCCUGGUACAAUAGCUAAAUUAUCAUUUCCAAAGUCAAUGCGUUGGAACUCUCAGGUCAUGUUUAGCAGACCGAUUCGUUGGAUUUUGGCCCUUCACGGGGAUGCAGUUGUGCCAUUUUCGUUUGCUGGAGUUUUGAGUGGUAAUCUGUCUCAUGGGCUUCGCAAUACUCCUUCAGCUAAUGUACUGAUUCGAAAUGCAGAAUCUUAUGUAGACUUUAUGAGGACUGCUGGAGUAUUAGUUGAAAUUGAGGAACGUAAGAAAACAAUUAUACAGCAUAUCAAUGCAUUAGCAAAAGGUGUUAAUGGACAUGUUAUUCUCCAGGGCAGCCUACUGGAUGAGGUGGUAAAUCUUGUUGAGGCACCUGUUCCGGUACUUGGGAAGUUUAAAGACUCCUUCUUAGAGCUUCCAAAGGAUUUAUUAAUUAUGGUUAUGCAGAAGCACCAGAAGUAUUUUGCCUUGACUGAUGAUAAUGGAAGGCUAUUGCCAUAUUUCAUUGCUGUUGCAAAUGGAACGAUCAAUGAAAUGGUGGUAAGGAAAGGAAAUGAAGCAGUCCUAAGAGCUCGCUAUGAAGACGCAAAGUUUUUCUAUGAGAUGGACACAAGUAAAAAGUUUUCGGAAUUUCGAAAUCAACUGAAAGGAAUUCUUUUUCACGAGAAACUGGGAACAAUGCUGGACAAGAUGCUGCGCAUCCGGAAUAUGGUUACACAACUAAGCUUGGACAUAGGAACUAAUGAAGAUAAGCUCCAAAUUGUCCAGGAUGCUGCAUCACUGGCUAUGUCAGAUCUUGCUACAGCUGUGGUCACUGAAUUUACUUCCCUAUCAGGAAUAAUGGCACGCCAUUACGCUCUCAAGGAUGGCUACUCAGAGGAGAUUGCUGAGGCCUUGUUCGAGAUCACACUUCCAAGAUAUUCUGGUGAUGUACUUCCUGAAACUGAUGCAGGGAUUGUCUUGGCAAUUGCUGACAGAUUAGAUAGCCUUGUUGGCUUAUUCAGUGCUGGUUGUCAGUCAAGUUCUACAAAUGACCCAUUUGGUCUACGAAGAAUCUCUUAUGGUCUUGUCCAGUUAUUGGUGGAGAAAGCUACAAAUUUGAAUUUAAGACGUGCAUUGGAUCUUGCUGCUGAUGUCCAACCUGUUGAAGUAGAUGACGGUAUAAUUGAAGAUGUACACCAGUUUGUAACAAGGAGAUUGGAGCAAUUUCUUGUUGAUAGGGGAAUAAGUCCAGAAGUGGUCCGUUCCAUCCUUAUGGAGCGUGCAGACUGGCCUUCUUUGGCAACAAAAUCAGCGUAUAAAAUGGAAGCCUUGUCAAGAGGUGAUCUUCUACCAAAGGUUAUUGAAGCAUAUUCUCGUCCAACAAGAAUUGUUCGGGGAAAGGAUAUGGAUACUGAAUUGGAGGUGGAAGAGGCUGUAUUUGAGACAAAUGAAGAGAGAGUUUUAUGGAGGACUUUCUUAUCGGUGAAAAAUACUAUUCAUCCUGGAAUUGAGGUUGAUGACUUUGUUGAAACAUCUUCACAACUACUCCAACCACUUGACGAUUUCUUUAAUCGUGUUUUCGUAAUGGUGGAAGACGAAAGAAUUAGAAAGAACAGACUAGCACUCCUCAAGAAAAUUUCAGAUCUUCCAAGAGGGAUUGCAGAUCUCUCAGUUUUGCCAGGAUUUUGAGUUUUAACAUCUGCUUAUUAUUCCAGGGAAUUGUAUUUAUUCUAGGAAAGAAAUGGAAAAAGGGUGUGGGCAACCUAUUCUGAGGGAUCAUCACAUAGGCUAGUGAAAUAGCAAUAUUAUUUGUCUAGAUGAGGCCUGUAAAAAUUUUGUAGCGGUUGUUGUCAAGCAUAUAAUUUAUUUGUAACAUUUUUUUAGCCACUGAUACAUUUGAUCCAAUAAUUUGCUUAGUAAAAAUUGUUAUUGUACCAAAAGGAUAUAGGAAUGCUUUGAUAUUUCUUUAAAUAGAAAUGCAAUGAAGUGCACACCCAAAGAAUGUUUAAGAUCAUGGUUUUGAAGUUUGAUGAAUUUAUGAAGAAUUUAUGAAA